AUGUCCACGAUAGCCUCGCCGCGCGACCCGGCAAACCCCCUGCGGCGUCUCCCCUCCGGCACGCCCACCUCGUCCGGGCGGCCGUCGCUGGAAACGGCCCGGUCGGGCGUGACGUCGCCCGCGCCCGACGCACCCUCCCAGCCGCUCCCAAAACGCUCCAACCGCGCCGCCCUCCGCGAAUACUACAAGCUCCGCGCGCCUCGCAUCGAGGUGGCCGGCUCCGAGGUGCCCGCCAGCGACCUCGACGCCCCGGACUUCAACGCCGCCGAGUACGUCGCGCGCGUCGUGGGCAACAGCGGCCUGGAGGACAUGCUGCGCCUGUACACGCAGGUCGUCGCCGAGGUCAGGGCCCUAGACGCCGAGAAGAAGGCCCUCGUCUACGACAACUACAGCAAGUUGAUUACGGCGACGGAGACGAUCCGCAAGAUGAGGACGAAUAUGGACCCCUUGAACCCCAUGGCGUCGACGCUCGACCCUGCCAUUGCACAGAUAUACUCGCAGGCAUCGUCGAUACGAGAAAAACUACGCGAGUCCGUGCCGGCGCCCGAUUCCGAGGAAGGGUGGCGGAGGGCGGCAGAGCUGAGGCGGCAGAGGACGCGGGAACUGGCCGUCGAGGUGCUUGCUACGCCGCAGAAGCUGAGGGAUCUCGUCAAGGAGGGCAAGGUGCAAGAGGCCAAGAGGCAGUGGGAGAUGCCCAAGCGCCUAUUGGUAGCGUGGAAGGAGACGGGUGUCGGGGGCGACCAUGUACAAGAUGUCAUUGAUGAAGGGGAUGCUGUUUUUAAGCCAGUGCCGGAUUUACCGCAGAGGACUUCUAGAGAUGAUCGGUAG